ACUGGCAGAUAAUAAAAUUAUUGCCGGGCCACUGCGCUAGAAAGCCAACUUUCAAAUGAAGAAGCGUUUUUUGUUCAGUAGAGAACUUAACUCGGUCGAAGUAACACCGUCAGGAUGAAGAAAGAAAAAGUUGUAGAAGCUCGCAGUAGACUAGGACAAAUAUUAGAUUCCCAUAAACCCGAUUAUCUAAGUAGCACACUUCAGAACCUGUUGCCAAAUUCCUGCAAAGGGUUUCAGUGCAGUAAAAAGUUGGCCAAGAGGAUAAAGCUAGUAUUGGUAACAAUUGUUAUUAUACUCGGCGUGAAAUACUAUUAUGAAGAAAUGCAGGGAAAGAAAUGUGCACUUUCUCUGCCACCUCCUCUGCGUUAUGCGUUUCGACCGCCCGAAAGUUGUGAUUUCUGUGCAAAUAUUAAAAAUGUCCCGCGACUUCAAAAUAUAAACCCUCAGGAGUUCGAGAAAAAAUUCGCAUACAACGCGGCUCCAGUAAUUAUUAGUGAUGCCACAAAAAAUUGGACAGCAGUUUCGUUAUUUAACUAUUGGUACUUUCGCGAUGUUUAUGGAAAAGCCAAGCAAAAACAACAAAUAAAAGAGUGCCAAUUCCUGCCUUAUAAAACGGGAUUUUUCGAUAUUUACGAUGCGUUGGAUAUGGAAGAGGAUCGGGUGGAGUUAAAACCGGGAGAACAACCAUGGUAUUUUGGCUGGAGCAAUUGUCAUGCAGAAACGGCAGAGGAAUUUCGAAAACACUACGGAAGACCAUACUUUCUGCCUGAAAGCUCAGAAAAUAACGCCGUCGAUUGGUUUUUCAUUGGAACCUCUGGUUUGGGAGCACAAAUGCAUAUUGACAACGUGAGGUUGCCGUCGUGGCAGGCUCAACUGGCGGGCAGCAAGCGAUGGCUACUGGUGCCACCUCCCGAGUGCUACUUGCAAUGCCACAGCUUCGAUGUGGUGGUCCAGCAGGGUGACAUUAGUGAGAAGCUCCUCGAAAUAACCUCCAAAUGCAAUUACCUUAGAGCUCCCUUUGCAGUUGUGCUGGACACGAACAAAUGGUACCAUCAGACCUUUGUGCAGCCGGGAGCCAUCAGUUUGACCAUUGGAGCGGAGUACGACUAGAUUUAACCGGCUGCGGGCGGUUUUCCUCGUGACAGGAAACGGCUGCCCCGACAUCUCCAUUUGGCUUAGCCAACGAACAAAUAUGGCCAACUCUUAGUGUUACAGUAACAAACUUAACUUUAACAUUGCCAUAUUACUCUGCUUUUGCCAGCCGGUUUGUUAAUUAAAUGCCAAAAACACGCAAAUUUCUUAUGUCGAGCAGCUGCGACU